GGUUGAGUGAAAUGAUGGGAUCUAAAUUACGGGACAACAAUCCAGCAAUUGCUGACCUGAAUGACCAGAAUCGUCCAAUGAAACUCGCUGAACAGUUUACAGAAUUGUAUGAAAAUGAAUGGACCGACGCCUUUACCGAUUUACAGGAACCUACAAAAGAGGGAAGUGAUGAAAAAAUAACAGAUGUUGAAAGCAUUGAGAUAUUACUGCAUAUUUUGAGGGAAAUAAAUGAAGAGUGUGUUAAAGAUUCGUCCCUUCAACUGUCUGGACUAAAGGAAGCUUUCCAGUGUUUGCCCGAUGAAGAUUACAAAGAAUAUUUUAAGAAGUUCAAAGAUUUAACCAAAUCCGAAGCUUCAAAAUAUCUACCCUUACUAUGCAAGAAAAUCUUGGACGGAGAAUUAAACUGUAAAACCGUUAAGAAAUAUAAAACCGUAUGUCAACAAUUCAUCGAAGUAUGUGUCAAAAUAUGUUACCUGUCAGUUGUUCAGGAUCCACCAAUGUUUCUAGACUUUGAACCAAAUGACACAUUUGAUAAAAGUACUUUCAAAGAGUUCACAGUUUCAGGUUCAAGAAAGGACUAUUUGGUUUGGCCUGCAUUGCUUAUCCAGAAAGAUGGCGCAAUACUUUCCAAAGGUGUCGUACAGCCCAUAAAGGAGUCGGAGGAUAAAUGAAAUGUGACUUAAUAAUCAAAAAUAAACAAAAGGUGUAUAUUUUUAUGGGACAUGCAUUUUUUGGUUUGAACAUCAGCUUCAAAACAUUUGUAUUCUGUAUUCUAUAACUUAUUUAUUUAUUUUUAUAUAUGUUUUUACAAUUCUAAGCUUGUACAUUCUAAGGUAUACGAUUAAACACAAAUUAAAAAUGUAAUAAAGAGGAUUCCAAUUUUGCUUUAUUAAUCACCAAAUAACUAUCCUGAACGAAACUUACUCUUAAU